UAGAUUCUGAUACAAAUCUUUUCUUUUCUUUUCUUACAAUUCGUCAGUUAUUAGAUUUUUGGAAUUCUUGAAGAAAUCUUAUAAGAUUUUGACAUUUUUUUAUUUCUUUCCUUAAAAGGGUUUCUAAAAGAAAAUUACUUUUCUAGGGCUCUUUAAAGUUCUUUCUGAAGUUUUUCUUUUAUAGAACGACAACAGAACGAUUUAAAACUCUAUCUGUCAAAAUCUUAGAAUAAACUUUUAAGCUGUUAGAAAAGAAAAGAUUUUUAUCAGAAUCUAUCCCAUUGUUUUGUUGGAUCUUUUUUUCCCAAAAAAUAUUUUUAGUAGAUUCAAACAGCUGAAUUCCUUACGAUCCUUAAAAGGUGAAAUAGUCUAAUCUUAAAAAAAAAUAAACUUCAAAAAUAUUUAUUUUAUAUUUGAUAAUUCGAAAUUCUUCUACACCUCUGAUAUCACACUGUAGGCUUAACAUAAUUGGAUUUUCACUGUACGAUUCGUAAUGCAUUGAACAUUGUUUAUAAAAUUGUAAAAAAAAAUGCAAUAAAAUUAUCUCGUAAUAAAAUAUUGGCAGGAAUAGUUAAUGAUUAUAUGCCCGCUUAUCGUAGCUGAUCCCAGUGUUAAAUAGCAUGUUUCUUCUACGUUCUUAUUCUAUUUUGAAUGUCUAAAUUGAAUCGCGAUGGUUUUUACGAAAAAAAGAGAAGCUUUCUCAUUCGGAAACGAAUAAACUCCUUUUAUCACAGUUUGUACAAUUUAAUUUUAAUAAAGAUGAAAAAAUAUAUAACUGCCAAUAAAUGAAAAACAAAUUAAAAAUUUCAAUGCAUUUAUGAGUUCCUAUCGGUAAAUACCAUCUAUGUAACAAAUCGAACUAAAUGUCCUUUUUUUUCCUUUACCUAGAUAUGCAUAUAAAUAUAGUCGGUGCAUAAUAAUAAAGAACAAAUUACUCUGAAUGGAAAAUAUAUAUGGAACAGUUAAAAAAAAUUUAUGAAAUAGCAAAAGGUAAUUGGGGCAUUGAAAUUGCCGUAGAAUUGAAAUUUUCUUUAAAGUGUGUAAACAACAUAGAUAUAUUAUACUCUUAAUUUUGUGAAUAAAAUUGCUCAGCUUAGAGUAAUAUUUAGUCAAAAGAAUUCAACAUUUAAAAAAAAGAGUUAUAAUAGAUAUUGGAACUAAUGAAGUUUCCCUAGAGAUAUAAUAAUAAAAUUUUAUCAAAUUUAAAAGAAAAUAAAUAAUAUAUUUACAAUUUAAAACUCUAAAUAGUGAUACUUAUUAAAAAAAAUCAAAUAUUAAAUUUAAAAAAUUGUUGGUAUUGAGUUGCUUAAAAGCACUUUAUUGUGAAGUUCAGUUAAUUAAUUAUAUUUCGUGAGACUAUCGAGUUAAAAAGAAUUGUGAAAGCAAUUAAAAAUAAAAUACUUUAAAAAAAAAACAAUAAAUAAAAUUAACAGAAGUGAUACGGAAAAUAGAGAAGCAAAAUGUCGGGAAAUUGUGAGAAAAGUGUGACGGCGGAAUUGGAAAAAGCAGAGGGUAGUGAAAGUAGUGCAGGAAAUUCUGUACAGCAACCAACGGAAUCAUCACCAGCAAAAUCUGCUGAAGCUGGUGAUGCCACAGAUGAACAACCCUUUGUUGGUAACAACGAAAAAUCAACACACUAUGACACGAAUCUUUAUUUAUAUUCGGAAGAAAUUGAUACACGACCACGAAUAUCAACACUUAUAUCUUCCUUGGCAAAUUACUCCAAUACAAUUCCAGCUGCCUCGGAAGCCGAUUCAAAACCACCACCGCCCUCAGCGCGGAUGGGUACACUGAUUGGCGUGUAUCUCCCUUGUAUCCAGAAUAUUUUUGGUGUUAUCCUUUUUAUUCGUCUAACGUGGGUUGUGGGGACGGCAGGUGCUAUUUUUGGAUUUCUCAUCGUCCUAACAUGCUGCUGUGUGACAAUGUUGACAGCUAUUUCAAUGUCGGCAAUUGCUACAAAUGGCGUGGUACCGGCUGGCGGCAGUUAUUUUAUGAUCUCACGGUCACUUGGUCCGGAAUUUGGUGGUGCUGUGGGGAUGCUCUUCUACACCGGAACGACGCUAGCAGCUGCUAUGUAUAUCGUGGGAGCUGUUGAAAUUGUCUUGACCUACAUGGCCCCUUGGCUAUCAAUCUUUGGUGAUUUCACAAAGGAUGCGUCGGCAAUGUAUAAUAAUUUCCGAGUAUAUGGAACGUUCCUUCUUCUUGUCAUGGGUACUAUUGUGUUCAUUGGAGUGAAAUUUGUAAAUAAAUUUGCAUCAGUGGCUCUGGCCUGCGUCAUCUUCUCCAUAAUUGCAGUUUACGCUGGAAUAUUCGACAACAUCCAUGGCAACGACAAGCUAUACAUGUGCAUACUGGGGAAUCGCUUACUAAAGGACAUUGCUAUUGAGAAUUGUACCCAGGAGGAAGGUGGACAACUGUGGAACAUAUUCUGUGCCGAACAACCAUGUGAUCCGUAUUUUCUCAGUCACAACGUCACAACUGUACGGGGUAUUCGUGGGCUGGCGAGUGGAGUCUUCUUCGAGAAUAUCCUGCCAUCCUUCCUUGAAGAUGGACAAUUCAUUACUUAUGGUAGCAAUCCAGCUGACAUUGAGCAACUCGGAAGACCAACUUACAAUCAAAUCUACGCAGAUAUUACAACAACAUUCACCAUACUCAUUGGAAUCUUCUUCCCAUCAGUCACUGGUAUAAUGGCAGGGUCAAAUCGAUCUGGUGAUUUGGCUGAUGCCCAGAAAAGUAUUCCCAUUGGAACAAUUUGUGCCAUCCUAACAACCAGUAUAGUUUAUCUAUCAUGUGUUCUUUUAUUUGCUGGAACUGUGGAUAAUCUUCUUCUGCGCGACAAAUUUGGACAGUCAAUUGGUGGGAAGUUGGUGGUCGCCAACAUGGCGUGGCCCAAUCAGUGGGUCAUCCUCAUUGGAUCCUUCUUGUCGACCCUUGGUGCUGGACUGCAGAGUCUCACGGGUGCGCCACGACUUCUACAGGCGAUUGCACGAGACGGCAUUAUCCCCUUCUUGGCGCCAUUCUCCGUGUCAUCGAGUCGCGGUGAACCAACACGUGCCCUUAUUCUCACGGUAUGCAUUUGCCAAUGUGGCAUCCUUCUUGGGAAUGUCGACCAUCUGGCACCAUUGCUCUCCAUGUUCUUCCUCAUGUGCUACGGUUUUGUCAACUUGGCAUGCUUCCUUCAAACAAUUCUUCGUACACCAAAUUGGCGACCACGUUUCAAGUACUACCACUGGUCGUUGUCUCUCAUUGGGCUCUCACUUUGCAUUUCUGUUAUGUUCAUGACAUCAUGGUACUUUGCACUUAUUGCAAUGGGUAUGGCAGUCCUUAUUUACAAAUACAUCGAAUAUAGAGGCGCUGAAAAAGAGUGGGGUGACGGAAUCCGCGGUAUGUCCCUUACAAAUGCUCGCUAUGCUAUGCUCCGACUCGAGGAGGGUGAACCACAUACGAAGAAUUGGCGCCCACAAAUUCUCAUCCUUGCAAAAAUGACAAAUGAACUAACACCAAAGUAUCGCAAAUUGCUAUCGUUUGCAUCCCAGCUAAAGGCUGGCAAGGGUUUGGCCAUCUGCGUCUCGGUUAUGCCAGGGGAUUUCACAAAGAAUAGCGGACAAGCCUCUGCGGCAAAGCAGAGUCUCAAAAAGAUAAUGGAAGAGGAGAAGGUCAAGGGAUUCUGUGAUGUUUUAAUAGCCCGCAAUAUUCCCGAUGGCCUUUGUCAUAUCGUACAAACAAUCGGUCUGGGCGGUAUGAAACCAAACACAGUUAUUCUAGGAUGGCCAUACAGUUGGCGCCAAAGUGAAGAUUCUCACACAUGGCAAGCAUUCUUACAAACUGUCCGGGUAGCUUCGAAUGCAAAGAUGGCUCUCAUCAUCCCGAAAGGAAUAAAUUUCUUCCCCGAGUCAACGGAGAAAAUUUAUGGAAAUAUCGAUAUUUGGUGGAUUGUUCACGAUGGUGGUCUCCUAAUGUUACUACCAUUCCUACUAAAGCAACACCGUACGUGGAGAAAUUGCAAACUACGCAUCUUUACAGUUGCCCAAAUGGAGGAUAAUUCAAUUCAACUAAAGAAAGAUCUCAAAAUGUUCCUCUAUCACCUACGUAUUGAAGCUGAGGUUGAAGUUGUAGAAAUGAUGGACAGUGAUAUUUCUGCUUAUACGUACGAAAGGACACUCAUGAUGGAACAGCGAAAUCAAAUGCUGAGAGAGUUGCGCCUGAAUAAAAAAGAAUCUCUAGGCGUGGUACAAGCAAUUGUGGACCAUCAUCAUCCACAUGAUCAAGUAAAGUCAGCCACAAAAGUUAGAUUUGCCGAUUCAGCUGAACAUAAAAGUGAUGACAUCUUCAAUGAAAGUGGCCAAACAGAGGAAGCACAGGAUGAUGAUUCUGAAAAAGAGAAGGAUACAAAAGAAUUUACCGAAGAAAAUGAAAAAGACGAUGAUAGUGAUAAAAAUAAAACAAGUGGAACUUCCGCUGGAAAAGCAUCAGCCAAUAGUAUAAAAACCGACAAUGACGAUGACGAUGCGUCCGGGGUAGAUGAGAAGGCUUCACAGGAUCAGAAGUCACCUGAAAAAUCAAAACCAAAUUUUAAACCGGACGAAGGAAAUGUGCGAAGGAUGCACACGGCUGUGAAAUUGAACGAAGUCAUUGUCAAUAAAUCACAUGAUGCUCAAUUGGUUAUCUUGAAUUUACCAGGUCCUCCAAAAAACACUCGUAUCGAGCGAGAGAGCAAUUGUAAGUAUAUUUUUUUUAACUUUUUAAUUAAAAUAUUAAUUAACGAGGUAAAUUGUCGCUUCGCUCCAAUUUACCUCGCCCCGCUUCGCGGGGAUUUGUUGCGCUUCGCGCAAAUUUCAGAGAGAAAAUAAAUUAUGAUGGUUUAAAGGCAGAUUUGGGCCACUUAUCGAUCCCAAAAGAAAAAAUUUGCAAAGAGAAGAAAUCAUUUUCAUACAACAUAUCGGGCGCGAAAUUCAAAAAUUUGCAAAAAAUGCAUGACUUUUAUAUGGGGGCUACCUGAAGGGGGGCUUUGGGGGGGGAAAUGAAUACGGCCAUUCGAAAGCGCCUGAUAUAAGGAGUCUCUGUACCAAAUUUCAUCACGAUCGGUCAAACGGUGUAGAUUUGUAUAGCUGUACAGACACGAAAUCCUUUCUUUAUUAUAUAGAAGAUAGAUGGAGAGCUCUCAUCAAACCCAAAAGAAAAAAAUUUGCAAAGAGAAGAAAUCAUUUUCAUACAACAUUUCAGGCGCCAAAUUCAAAAAUUCGCAAAAAAUACAUGACUUUUAUAUGGGGGCUACCUGAAGGGGGGCUUUGGGGGGGAAAUGAAUACGGCCAUUCGAAAGCGCCUGAUAUAAGGAGUCUCUGUACCAAAUUUCAUCACGAUCGGUCAAACGGUGUAGAUUUGUAUAGCUGUACAGACACGAAAUCCUUUCUUUAUUAUAUAGAUAAAGGAAGAAGAAAAAAUAAUGUAACAAAAAUAUAUAAAACUUCUCAGAUAUGGAGUUCUUGGAAGUACUUACAGAAGGCCUCGAGAGAGUGUUAAUGGUUCGUGGUGGUGGCCGGGAGGUCAUUACAAUUUAUUCUUAAGCUUAAGGUUAUGAGAAAACUUAGUAACGUUAUCAUUAAGGAAUAAAAUUCAAUUCUUAGAGUCUAACUAUAAAAAAAAUUAGUCGAAAGAUAAAAUCAAGUGGUUAAAAAAAAAAGUGAUCAGCUACACAAGUUCGUAUCUGUACCAAAGAAGGAGCAAAAUGAAGAAAAUAGAAAAAUUAAGUAUUUUUAGUAUAAAAAAAAAUAAUAAUUUAUACAAGAAAAUGAAGGAAUUUUAAUCUGAAAUAUUGAUUAUAUUGAUUUGAGAUAUAUUUUUAUUUGUUGGACAACUGAAAAAAAUUAAAAUGUUUAUUGACACUGUUAUUGGAUAACUUUUAAAACCUAUAUCUCGUAAAUGAAAAAUUAAAAAAAAAAAACAUAAAAAAUUUAAUUUAUUUUCGUUAUUUUUUGCCAGUGUAACUGAAAGGUUUUAUAAAUACUUAGAGCACGUUAGAGUAUUCCUGUUGGUAUUGGUAAAGAGGGUAUAAAAAAAACAGAAAACAAAAGUAUUCUACUUAGAGAUGAUUUUUUGAAAUAUAUUUUCGAUGAGGUUUAUUGAACAACUAUAUUUAGAGAUUUAUUAGAGCGUACGUAUAUAUGACUAUAUAUGUAGAAGAAAUUUAUGGUAUGAGAAAAGGGAUCUAUUUUUCUGUAUUAACAUACAAGAUAGCCAAGGAUGAGACUUCUAUUCAAACUUAUAUUUCAGAAGAUUAAAAUGCAAAAGCAAAAUAUAAAAAAAAACUAAAUUAAGAAUAAAGUGAAAUUAAAAAAAAAAUGAAACACCCACAAAAGAGACAUGAGAAAGGAAAGCAAAAUAAUUCUAUAUAUUUUUUUCUCUUGUACAAAUUGAUUUCUAUUUUGUAUGUUUGCUCUUGUUAGACAACCAAACUGCCAUUAAAAUGUAUAUAGAAUUACGGUAAAAUAAUAAAAUUUUAUGAGCAACGUGAGGAAAACACAUGCAUAAAGGUUUUAAGAAUUACAUUGAGAGAAUUAAAAGAAAAAAAUAUAUGAGAGAAAAUUUUAACUUAUAUGAGUUUUGGGCCUAGAGAUUAAUAAAAAAUAAAUCUUCAUUGUAAACAUUUUAAAUCUUGUUACAUUUUCAGAUAAUUUAAAAAGACAUUUUUUUUGUAAUAUUUCAGCAUUAAACUUUCGAAUAACACUGCAGUUUGCGAAAAAAAACGUGCUACAGUUUUGCAAAAUAAUCUUGUAUAUUGAUAGAUUUUUAUGUAGUCACUUUCUUAUUUUUUAUCAUUUUGUUUUCUUUAAAAAAAAAUUAGCUAAAAAAUUUCGCGUGCCUUAAAGCUAAUUUACAAACUUCUAUGUAAUUUUUCUGUGAUUUUCUUCUUCUUUAAAAUGCUAAAUAAAUCAACACAAAAAAGGCCAUAUAUCUAUAGUUACCUACAUGUAUGUGGAUACAAUUUCAAGACAUAGAUGGAAAAAAGACAGUGAGAGAAAGACAUGGUCCACAAAGUCCAUAUAGGUAUUAAGGUCCACACGUAAUGGUUUAUUCAGCAUCAAGAAUUCAUCAAAAGAAAAAAAUCAAAAAUCAUAAAUGAAAUUUUUCUUUUAAUUAUCAAAACGUUAAAGAUUUAAAAAUUAUAUUUUAGCUUUGGCUUUAGCUUUUCUUCUUCAUAUUUUUUACAUAUAUUUUUUUAAAUUAUUAAAAUAAAUAUCAUCAAUAAUACAAGAUUUUGUUGCAAAUCAUUGACAACUUUUAUCUGACAUUUUCAUAAAUAUUUUUAGAUUUUUUUUUAUUCAAAUAAAAUUGAUUAUUCUGUACUUUUCUAAAAAAAAAUUUAACAAAAAAAGAAAAAGAAGAAAAAUUAAAUUUACACUAUGUUGUAAAUUUAAAGAAAAAGUAUAUAAAAAAAAAACCUUUAAUAAGCUCAUUUACUGUGAAUCAAAUAAUUAACUAAUGAAAAAAAAGAGAGAAAUGUUUAGUGCAAAAAUAUAUAAAAUUGACAAAAAAAAACAUAUUUAUAGAAUGCGGAAUUUAUGAGAGUAUGUAAUACUUGAAUUUAGGAAAAUUGGAAAGAUAGAUUGAGAAAAACUCCACCUUGUGUAAUCAAAUAAAAAUGCGUGUUUAAAAAACACAAAUAUGUGUGCGAUAAAAAAAGAGGAACAAUAGGGGAAAAAUUAAAAUUUAGGUAAAUUUGGAGAUGUACUUUAGAAAAAAAAAAUAAGAGGUUGAGUUUAGGCAACACAAAAAACGAUUUAAGUCGGAAAAAAUAUAAAACUUCAUGUACAUUUUAGUAAAAUUGUGUUACAUAAGAGAAUUUUUAUUUAAUUUUCAAAGAAAAUUGAAACAUUCCAUCUAACACUUGAGUAAAAAAAAAAAGAAUUUUUUUUUCUAAUAAAGUAAAUACAAUCAAUAUUGAACAAUGGAAAAAUCACAAACAUUGGUUAGAAUAUGUAUCAUUAAGUUUUAAAAGAGAUUUAAAUGCAGUCGUAAAUUACAAUUCACUAAAAGUGAACAAUUUAAUAUAUAAAAUUAUAAGAAAUUUUAACCCGCCGGGUAUGUCUCAAACUUAUGACGAAAAAAAACUUUGCUGUGUUUAUGCGAAAGAAAAAAAAUAUAAAUCUGUAUGUUUCAUUAUUCUCAAAUAAUGAAGUCUGCCAGCACUUAAAAAAUUUCGAAAUUUUCAAAAUAUAGUGAGACUUUUCGCGACUAUAAUAAAAAAAACUAAAGUAAUUUCGAAAAUAAAACCAAACAAUUCUGAAGCAAUACUACAUUUUAAAAAUUUAUGAAAAAUCUUUGAAUAUAAAAUACAUUAUUAAAGUAUUUCAUAGAUUUAUCUGGUACAUCACAAAAAAUUUUAUUUUGCAAAAAUCUGACACUAUAAAAAACAUUACAUUUUAUAGCUUUAUUUCAGCAAUGUUUUUAUUAAUUUCUUUUAUUUGAUAUUUCUCAUAAGUGAAGAUAAACUAUUAUUUAUAUUUUUGGCAGUAGUAUCGCGUGCAUUCGCUUUGAUAAGUUUAAAAAAAGUUUUUAAAAGUUUUUUUUUAAGGAAAAUGUCAAUUAAAUAAUUUUGAUUCUUUUAAAAUUAAAAAAAAAUCUUUGAAAAUUUUGUUAUUCAUAAAAAAUAAAUUUCACACUUAAAGUCGUGACUUCAUUUUAAUAAUUUUUAAAAUCUAAGAAAUUUUUAAAAAGUCGAAAUAAUUUUUAUUUGUCAAAUCGGUAUUAUUAUUCAUCAUAUUUAGUAUAAGUAUUUUAUUGAUUAAAAAUGUAUGUAUUAGUUAAUCAAACUGAUAUUUUAUUCGUUACUUUACAUUGACUGUUGGAGUUUUUCUUUGUUUGUUAAAACUUCAAUCGAAGUCUUUGAAAAAUUUUUACUAUAAAGACAAUCUUAUUUAACUCCUUUCAUAAAACUCAUUUUAUCGGAUGAUAAUCCUUGUUCUUGACAGUCAAUGAUGGUAAAGUUAAUUUUUUGCUUAUUCAUUUAAAAGUGGCAUAACGAGUUAGGUUAAUUUAAAUUGGUAAGACCAAGAUUUUUCGUUCUCUCCAAAAUAGUAAAAAUCAUGCAUAAUCUUAUAAGGAAUGAAAUAAUAUAAAAAAGGCAAAAAAAAGUUAUUUGUGGAUCGCUUUUUUAUCAAUGUGUUAAAAUUAAACUUUGUCCAUCCAUUUAGUUUCUUUUUAUACGAAAAUGUCUCCAAUCACGCUUACAUGUAAGACAAAUUUAUAGACCUUGCCUAUAUGAAGUAAAAGAAAUUAAAAAAAAUAGAAUAAAACCAUUUAAAUUAUUAUAAUAUAAAUAAAUUAUAUCUAGGUAUAUUAUUAUAAAUUUUAUUAGUGAAAGAAAUAUAUGUGCGUAGAUUUAGAAGUAUAUCGAUGACAAAAUGUCGCUCGAUUGUUGUAUUACAGAUUAACAAGGAAAAAGAAAUUAGAGAAAAAAGAAACAUAACGUAAAAUUUAAAACAGAAAAUAGGAAUCAAUUUAGAAGAUAAUAGGGAAGAAAGAACACAACUUUGAAAAAUAAAUAAAUAAAUAAAAUAGAACAAGAAAGACUAAAAUUGUAUUUGUGGACUUCUUGAUAUUUAGAAAGCAAACAAAACAGAAAAUUAGUGAAAGAACAAAUUUAUGUUAAACAACGUGGAAAGUACAAUUUGAAAGCAGGAAAAUCUUCCUUUAAACAUCGUGAACACACAAGAUGAUUCACAGUGAAGAAUUAAACAAACAAUUUUGCCAGAGCUGCUCUAGAAUUGCAUAUUUAAUUCUAAACUAAAAGAAUUCAUCAUGUGUGUAUCUAAUACAGUUUAAGAGAUGAAAGAAAUUCCUGUUCAAAUUUCGCACGUAGAAUGAAAAAAAAAAAGAAAUGAGGAACAGCACCAUAAAAUAAAUAUUUCCAUCUUAAAUGAAAAUAGAGAUGCAAAACUUAUUAGUUAAGUGGUAAUGUAAAGUUAACAAAUUAUUAAUUAAUUUUAAUUCACCACCGCAAGUAGAUUACUUUUAGAAUAUAUAAUCUAUGAUUUUUAUAUGAACGUAUAAUCAGUAACAACAAAAAAUCAUCUAUUUUCUUUUAAGUUACGUGAAAAACAUGGCUAACGUGUAAUGGAAUGCUAAUGUACUAACCCUUCAAAUGCCAAGCUGUUUUUUUCUGCUGCCAUUUCAAUUAAGACACAACUUUCUUAUAAAUAAAAGACGGAGACGAGGUGAAGUGGAUCACGUAAAACUUUUAUAAAAACUCGAGAAAAAAUCUAUAAUAUUUUUCGUCGAGAAGUUAUUUGAGAAAAAAGUUUCAAGGAGGGAAAGUUUUUCCUCAGAGCCCAUUCCACACCGCCUCUUUCCCCACAGAUAAAAGUUCCUCGUUUAUCUGAGACUGUUGUGAAUCCAUUAUACUCAUGGCUUAAAAAAUAUUCUUAAUUAAAAUGUAGGAGUUUUCUAAACAUAGCACGGAAAAGCAGAUAAAAUGGUUCAUCAACUAAUACAGACACACCUAGUACUUAUUUUAUAUGUAGUUCUUAGGUUUUGAUAUUGAAAAAAAAAUUAAUUACUGCUUUACAAGAAGAAGAAACGAGAGCUAUAUAGAGUACUUGUUAAUUUGUCCCCAUUUUCAAAUGAAUAGCACAGUUUAUCAAUACUUUAUGUAUAUAAUAAUCCUAAUCAAAUGAGUAAUUAACAUCACACAAAGAACAAAUAAAUGAAACAUAAAUAUUUAGCUUACCUUUACCUUAAAAAAUCAUCAGUUGAUGGACCCAGUUUGACAAAUUGGCCUAAAUUUUAUGCUUGGCAGAAGAAGGGUUAAAAAGCGGUAAAACAUUUUAAUACAAAAGAUUUAAAAAAUCUUUUAGAUUAAUUUAAAUUAUAUUUCCUAAAAUUGUUUAUGUAUUCCAUAACAUAAAAAAAUGUAUGCCUAUGUAUUUUAUUUGAUGAACAUUUAUUUUGUGUGAAGAAAAAACCAAAACAAUCAUAUAAUGAAGAGAUGCCAAAAGACUAAUGUUUUAUUAUUAAAAAAUAUAUAUACAUGUAUGUAUAUAUGAAAUAAUUUUAGUAAAAAAAAAGAAAUCAAAAAAAUCAAAAGGAAAAGAAAUCAGUAUUUAGAGAGAGAGAAAAAACAACAUCUAACAAAAAAAGGUUUAACUGGUGAGUUGUUUACUUCUGCGAUAGAAUGUGUUGAAAUCUAAAUUAUGUUGAAUCUGAUCAAAAUUAACAAUGAUAAUCUUUUAUAAUUCAUUGUUUAUAUAACAUUUUGAAUGUUCGAUUCUUAAAUUUUUUUAAUAUUCUGAAAGUACGCAAGAUUAUACCAAGCAAGGCUCUUUUUAUUUUUUAAUUAUGUAUAAUCUUCCACAUAAAAGUAAAUAAAGUUUGAGAAUUUUCUUAAUUUUCUUGAAGAAGACUUUCCACUUUGCAAAUUUCAAAAUUAAAACUUUUCCAUAAUAAUGCAGUUUUUGUAUCAAUUUGUAUCCAUUAUAUGAAAUUACGGAAAUUACAUAAAGGGAAUUUGUAUGAGCAGAAAGAAACCAGAACCAAAAUACCAUGAUCUUUCAAUUAAAAUUAUCGAUUUUAAUGAAAACAUCCUCUUCUUAUCUUUACAAUUUCUUAUGCAAAAGUAAUGGUAAUUCGGAAACUCUAAGAUAUUAUUUAAAUUGUCUUUUUCACACUCCAAAUAUUCGACCCUCUUGGGGCCUUCCUUGAAAAAAAAAUGGUUUUACCCCUAUACCCUUUUCAUGAACAAGAACUUUCUAUAUAAUUUAUUUACUGUGGAGAUUUAUUAAACUUUCAGAAUCAGUGAGAAAAAUAAAUUAAUCAUGAUUAAAAAAUGUCGAAAGAAUCACAACUUUUAUUAUCUUUCGGAUAAUAAAUUAGUCAUGAGGCUACGAAAAUGUAUUACAAAAAAAAACGGAUUCUAUCCCCAAGAAAUUUUCAUUAGAGGCAUCCAGAAUAGAAAAAAAAACAGAGUAAAAAAAAUUAGCAUACUUUAAGAGAUGAUAAUGGAGAUGAAAAAGAACAUUAGGAUGAACUUUAUGAUCAAAAUUCCGAAUAGGAAGUGAAAUAUUCGUUUGUUUUUCCAACAUACCUACAUAAUAGUACCUUCAAAUCCCUAUUAUAAUACAAAUGAUGCAUCCUAUAAAAAAUGCAUUAACAAUAAUUUAAGAAAAUUACAAACCCAAAAGAAAUACACAUUGCAACCAAUAAAAGAAAUGAAAUGAUGAACCCUAUAAAUCCUGUUACAACAUAACAUAAUUAUAUCUCUAAAAAAAAUGAAAAGAAAUGUAUUAUCAUAUAAAAAAAUAUAUUGAAAAAAUUAUAGUGAAUGUUAUAAUAAACAGAAGUAAUUAAUAAAAUUAUAAGAAUACUUUAA